UGGCUCGCAAUCGUUCACAAAACGUAAUCAUUUAAAUUUAUUCGAAUUCAUUACGAAAAAAUAAAAACUUUUUCUUCUGUAUACUCUAUUUUCGAAUUCCGAACGAACUCGCUCAAGUCAAUUUCACAGCUGACAGAUCCCGUCAAAGGCGUAGGUGGACACCGCCGAAACGAAAACAAAUCAUAUAUUUUUUCACGUUUUCCGAGUACAUAAUCGAGAUUUACUAUGAUACGUAUCGUUGCGAGCGUGGCGAGAGAUUUGAUCAGGAACCAUCAACGCACAUUCACGGGCGUAGCGUUCAAAGAUGAAGCGACCAGAAAGGACAUCGUACCGUGCCUAAAGCAGUCCGUCUUCCGAGAGACGAGUGAGCGACAUGCGAGCACAGAUACAAAGGCCCCCAAAGCCGCCAAUGCCCCCAAGGCCGUGGACCCCAAGUGUACCCCUAGCCCCAAGGUCGCCGUCAGUAAGGGCACCAGCAGCAAGUCGAGGAAGUACCCGCCCGUGCCAAUGCAUGGGCAGAAAUUUGUAGAACCCGGGGUCACAAGAAGAUAUUCGCCGUUCCAUUACCCCGGCCAGACUGCAGGAGAAUGGGUGGUGGCCCGAGCUGAUGACAUCCUCAAUUGGGGGCGGAAGAACUCCAUAUGGCCCCUCACCUUCGGCCUGGCCUGCUGCGCGCUCGAAAUGAUGCACUACGCUGCACCGAGAUAUGACAUGGACCGUUACGGCAUGGUCUUCCGCGGGACUCCGCGACAGACGGACGUCAUCAUCGUGGCGGGGACGGUCACCAACAAGAUGGCACCCAUCUUCCGCAAGACCUACGAUCUAAUGCCCGAGCCCCGGUGGGUGGUGUCCAUGGGUAGCUGCGCUAAUGGCGGAGGAUACUACCAUUAUACAUACUCCACUGUUAGAGGUUGCGACAGAAUUGUUCCGGUGGACGUGUACGUGCCUGGUUGUCCCCCGACUGCCGAAGCCCUCCUGUACGGGAUGCUAUUGCUGCAGAAGAAAGUAAAGAGGAUGCGGGUCGUCCAGAUUUGGUAUCGACAUUGAGGAAUAUUUUUUAAGAAUCUGUGAGGUCUGAUUAACAUGCAAUUGAAGAUAUGGGAGAUAAGGAAUUUUCAGAAAAUCGCGAUCGAAAAAGUUCAAUAGAACGCAUCGAUCGAUUGUACUUUUUCUAUUGUGAAUUCGCUUUAAGCGAAUUAAGCGAAUUCACAAUCGUCAUCACAAAACCUUCGAUGUUGGAGAAAAUUGAUGAAAUAAAUUUCGAUUGCAUGAGAAUCGGGUCCCAGAUCGUUCAGGUAAUUAGAUUUUUUUUACGUUCUACUAAAUUUAAAUUAUGUUUACAUUCUAUUAAUAUUGCUAGAAAAUUCUGAAGUUUUACUUAUUUUUAAAAGUCGAUAAAGAUCUACAGCACAAUUAUAAAAUAGUAAAGGUUGAGGUUUAUUGAAUACUAAAAAAAGGACAGAUGGUUCUAUCAAAUGGUGUACAGGGUAAAGCAGACAUUGCG